AUGGCGCGCCGCGCCCGCUCCCGCUCGCCCUCUAGGUUGCCAUCCCGCAACAAGCGCAGCAAGACCAAGUCCUCUACGCCCAUCGAGCUCGACAGCGACGGGGAAGAAAUUCUCCUGGAUCCUCCGCCGUUAUCUCCGUCGGCAGAGAGCGUUCUGUAUCACGACUCGGACGUCGACCUUGGCGCCGACCACCUCAGCGACUUCUUCGUUGCGGACAGUGAUGUGGAGCAGGAGGUGCUGAGUAAGAAGAAGAAGGAGAAGGGAAAGGGAAAGGGGAAGGGAAAGGUGGCAGACAGCUCACGACCGUCCGCGCCUGCAGACUCUACUAGCGCGAAGCAAAAGGCUUCUGCGCCUGCCCCCUCUCCACCUCCUAUCCGCACACCAUCUCCUUCUCCACCACCUUUCGGCAUCCCGUCAUCUCCGCCGGCUCCUCCAUCCGUCAACGCCACCCCGCGGCCGACCCCGAGGCCGAAGAAUACAGCAACGAAUCCAACGCCCGCCCAGGAACCUACCGCCCGCCCUUCUGCAUCAGGAUCUGGCCCUCAGGCUGCGGGACCGAGCAGGGCUGCUUCUGGCGCUGGUCCGAGUCACCGCGCCUCCGCCCAGCCUCCGCCGGACCCUGCACCGCCACCACCAUCGGGAGGCGAUCGGGCGGAUCCUCCGCCGCCAAAGUUUGCGCCGCCGAAGCCUCCGCGCGAACGCCCUAACCGCGUACCGCUGACCGUCAACACCCUGGCAUACGGCCACAUCGGGGAAGUGCCAAUCGAUCCCGCCGUUCCUGGCGAGUGGGUCAGAGCUCCCGAAUCGUUCAUUACCUGGCUGGAGGGUCUCACACAGCGCGCAGAUGCCGAACCACACGUGGCCAGCGUCAACGCGUAUCUUGAGCCCUCCGCCGCUUUGGAGCUCAGCCUCGACUGUGACCGUCAGGCCCGCGACGUCGCCAAUCUUCUGCACCUUGCCAGGCUCACGGCUCGGGCUCAGCAGCGUACGCAGGCCUUCGCGCACAUACGCGCCCUCACCCGCGGCGUUCUUCAAUCGCCAUUCGUAACGAUGGCCCUCAAGGCCCAAAACUACGAGUUUGGGCGUCAGAGCGCAGCGUGA